AUCGAUAGUACGUUUUUUGUCUUUGUGUGUAAUGCAGUGAAAGGCUUGCGCACUGGGCAAAAAUUAGUUAAAAAGAAACUGGAAAUCAACUCGCCCACUGAAGUAAAUCAUAGACAGUCGCGUCAUAGAACCCAACGAGCACGCACCACCCACAAAAUAUAAAGAAGCGGAUCACCAAAGACAGAUUUUGUGUCCGACCCUUGAAGCCAUCGCACACACACUCGCCGCCUCAUCUAUAUACACAUACAUCGUAAAACAGUGAGCAGAGCCCAACUACUAUGGCGCAGCCAUUGAAUAAUCCAUCGAGUAGCACGCAUCGUGACUAUGGUGCCAUAACCACUGCCACGCCCGAGGUCAGCUUUGCCGCUGCCUCCAACUCGGGCAAUUCCGGCUUCAGUCCCACAGAGUUUGUGUCGCUCAGCGAGGAUAUUGGUCACAAUAUCACAUCGAUCAACACCAGCACCAAGCAGCUGGAGAAGCAGCUCAAGCUGAUUGGCACCGCCAAGGAUUUGUCUGCGCUGCGGGAGAAAAUCCAUAGCAUUAAUACUAAGACCAAUGCGCGGGUACAGACUACAAGCCAGGACUUGGAACGGCUGCAGGCUGUGUUACGUCACGGCGAUCGUCAGCAGAAGCUGCAGCUGGAGAAGCUCACAAGUGAAUUUCAGGAAGUACUCGUAAAAUACUCCUUGCAGCAGAAGCGCAUCUCGGAGGCCACGCGACGGAGUUAUCAAAUGGCCGCUGAGGCUGAGCGUGAAGCGGACGUGUCUGCCAGAUCGGAGUUGCUGCAGCAGCAACGACAGGAACAAGCCGGCCUGGAGAGGCAGCACGAUAUGCUCGUCGAGCGUCAGCGCCAAGUGGAACAAAUUGAGUCGGAUAUCCUCGAUGUGAAUGUCAUUAUGAACAAGCUAAGCAACUUAGUGGCGGAGCAGGGAACGGUAGUGGAUAAUGUGGAAACGCUUAUCGAUCACACUGCCGCUAACGUGGAGGAGGGCCGCAUUGAGCUUCAGAAGGCAGCAGCUAGUCGUAAUAGCUACCGCCGUAAGAUAUUGAUACUUUUAGUGAUUGCUGUGAUAAUAGGGUUAAUUGUAACUGGCAUUAUAGUCGGUAAAUUGAGUUAAUUGUUUUAUAUAUAUGUAUACACACACAUACACAGACAUACCCUUCUACAUACAUAAACAUAAAGUAAUUAAAAGUUUUGUAAAACUAUUUUUAUAAAAAAUAAGGCAUUAAUCACAAAGUGAGGAAAAAGGCGCGCGCCAAGCGGGCAAAGACAAAAACACAACAACCGCAAAAAAAUUCAAUAAAAAUACGAGUUUAAAUCCGAAACGCGUUGUAGAUCGUAGUUAUGUGUAUGAAAAACAAAGAAAGAAAAUAAUUAUAAAUUAUAAAAUAUAUAAAUAUAUAUGUAAA